CUACAGCAGGCAGAGUGCAGCGAGGUGCCUGUCGCCGCCGCCAUGCCGUUCCCAUUUGGGAAGUCUCACAAGUCUCCAGCAGAUAUCGUGAAGAACCUGAAGGAGAGCAUGGCUGUGCUGGAGAAGCAAGACAUUUCUGACAAAAAAGCAGAAAAGGCCACAGAAGAAGUUUCCAAAAAUCUGGUUGCCAUGAAAGAAAUUCUCUAUGGCACAAAUGAAAAAGAGCCGCAGACGGAAGCAGUGGCACAGCUCGCUCAAGAACUGUAUAAUAGUGGGCUCCUGAGCACCCUGGUGGCGGACCUGCAGCUCAUUGACUUCGAGGGCAAAAAAGAUGUGGCUCAAAUUUUCAACAAUAUUCUCAGAAGACAAAUUGGUACAAGAACUCCUACUGUUGAAUACAUCUGCACCCAACAGAAUAUUUUGUUCAUGUUAUUGAAAGGGUAUGAAUCUCCUGAAAUAGCUCUAAAUUGUGGAAUAAUGUUAAGAGAGUGCAUCAGACAUGAACCACUUGCAAAAAUCAUUUUGUGGUCAGAACAGUUUUAUGAUUUCUUCAGAUAUGUCGAAAUGUCAACAUUUGACAUAGCUUCCGAUGCAUUUGCCACAUUCAAGGAUUUGCUUACAAGACAUAAGUUGCUCAGUGCAGAAUUUUUGGAACAACAUUAUGAUAGAUUCUUCAGUGAGUAUGAGAAGUUACUUCAUUCAGAAAAUUAUGUGACAAAAAGACAGUCACUCAAGCUUCUCGGUGAACUAUUAUUAGACCGACACAACUUCACAAUUAUGACAAAAUACAUCAGUAAACCUGAGAACCUCAAAUUAAUGAUGAAUCUUCUACGAGACAAAAGUCGUAACAUCCAGUUUGAGGCCUUUCACGUUUUUAAGGUGUUUGUUGCCAACCCUAACAAGACACAGCCCAUCCUAGACAUCCUCCUCAAGAACCAGACCAAACUCAUAGAGUUCCUCAGCAAGUUUCAGAACGACAGGACCGAGGACGAGCAGUUUAAUGACGAGAAGACCUAUUUAGUUAAACAGAUCAGGGACUUGAAGAGACCAGCUCAGCAAGAAGCCUAACUCCCCAUAAACAUCCGAAAUAUUAAAUCCAAACCCAGCACCUGCUGUUAGCUCGUCAGCACCAGGCACUCUCACCGAUUCAUGAGGAACAUUAUGCUAGUCUGCUGUUAAGUGAACGGUUUUUCAUUUUAUCUUGUUUUGUUUUUUUAGUCCAUCUUGGAGAACGUAGCUGCUGCUUUCUUGCACACUAGAGCACACGUGGACUUUCUCUUGAUCUUUGUGUCAUUUCAGAAUUCAGAGACCCUGUUUGCUGUAGGAGUUCUGAACACGGCUAGGUUCGUGAGGGCAAAUGUAGGGGUGAUAGUGUGACGGAGGGGCGGAAGGCAUGAUUGGGUCAGAUUAAACCUGCAGGUUUGCACUUAUGUUAAAGAGCUGGGCGUGGAUUCUUGGUGAGAUUGUCUGCCUUCACUACAGGAAGAUCGUGCAGCGCUGUAUUUGGAAUCAGGGGAACUGUACCCACGAUGUGAGCUUUUGGGUGGUUAAAGUUGACGUGCGAAUAAAUUGAUACUGAAACUUAGCAACUUCUUAAAAGUGUGACGCUUCAUAAGGUCAUAAGGAAAAUGUAUAUACGCUUUUCACGGCUUUCUAGAAUUUUUUGACAUUUGAUUUUCUUGAGACUUGUAAACCUGGAUAUGUUGGAAGGUAUUUGUUAAUUUCCCUUUUGGAAGGUCUUUUCAAACAGUAGAGCUAGCAACGACACCUCGCAUUUCAUUUCAACAAUGCUUACAGGUUUCUUUUGUAUAUAAUUCUUAGAAUGCUCAUUUCUUUUAAAUGAUUUAAUUUGUACAGCAGAGGAAUGUUAUUGUAUUAGUAUGUAACUAUUACCUAAUAUUGAGUCUUUGCAAAAAAAAUGAAUGCUCAUAUGUAAUUGAAAUACUUCAGAUCACAUGAAAAUGCUGAUUUAACAUUUAAGUAUCACAGCAUUAAAAGACAAAAGUAAACCAAUCCUUUGUAUUCAGUUAUCUAGUGGGGUGCCAUCAAUAGGGUACAAUACAGACUUGGAACUCAGUCAGCCCUCUUUCCUGCAUAGUACUGGCCUUAUUCAUUUAAAAUGAGUUUCCUCAAUCUAUGAAUGAUACUGAUUAUGCGAAAUUAACGCUGAUUCUCUGUGUGGGAAACCUCAGUAGAGCACCUUUUCUUCUUUAGAGUAAGUCAUCCAGUACAGUAGUUGUGGAACUGAAUCAUUAAACUUCGGCUUCUCUUAGGAAAAGAAGAGUUCCUAGUCACAGGUGUCCUAUGGGGAAAUUUAUUUUUUUUUAAUGUUCUAUUCCUUAAUGCUGCAAAUUAUCAGUAUUUAUAAAGUAACUGAUUUUGCACCACUUUUUUGUUACUGUGACCACGGCAGAGCAACAUCUCCUAGGAUAUAUCUAUGUAAAGUUAUUAGAAUGGUAUCUGUUCAUCUUAGUGAUACAAAGAUCACAACUUACAAUCAGAGUUUGCCAGUUUGAAUUUAGCAUGGCUGUGGCUGACUAAGAAAUUUACAUGAUUAUUCUUUGCUAGCCUCUCCUACUAAUUGAAUUAUUUAUCGGCCAGUAAAAAGAAACUCCCAAGUGAUGCUUCAGCAGGUUGCAAGACCUCCUUCUAGGAACACCAGUUAAGAAAAUAGCUCCAGAAAAUAUAGAUGUAUUUUAUUCUAUUUAAUUAAAUGGCAGUCGGCAUUGGUUUUCCUGAGGCUGUCUUUACCAAAAUCUGUGUAAAAUCAUUCAUAUUUUUCCAUUGGAAGUAGGGGAAGUGAUCUAAGCUUCUUGAGUUGAAAAUAUCAAGACGUUCGGGAAGGCAGACCUGGCCGUGAAGCCUCCUGGUUCUGUGUCCAGUGCUGGGUGUCAGGUUUCAGGGGAGAACAGUAAUUACACCGGGUGGAAGGAAGGUUUCCUGCCAAGCUGGUUCUUAGAACUGGAAACGACAAACAGCUUCCACUCCGUGACGUCAUCAUAGCACUAGAGCGUGGAGGACAGUGAGGGCAGCGUGUCAAAACACCGUGUGGUACAUCGCAUUGGAAUCUGGACAUAGUUAAGAUUUUGGGGUUGUUGUUUUUUUGUUUGUUUGAUUUUAAACAAAAAUGUGAAAACAUUCAAAGUUGAAAAGUUGCAUUUAAAGUUAUGAUCCUUUAAUAUAUUCAUGUUACCAAAACUAUUAAACUGGAGGUGUUUCUCUUUGUGUCAUAAAGGUUUAAUUUUAUAUAAGUCAGUUAUUCCAUGUGAUUUUUAACCCUUAGAAAGAGGUGGAGAUGGAGACACCUGUUAACAAUGCCGUGAGAGCAUUUCCUUUCUCCUGAAGAAAAGUAAUUUCUUAUCAGACUAUGGCUGGCCCUGUAAUUUAAAUUAAAAUAAAAUUUUGGAGAAACAGCA